UGUCAAAAUGGCGGAUAGUCUUCCUUCGGAGUUUGAUGUGAUCGUAAUAGGAACAGGCUUGCCUGAGUCCAUUGUUGCUGCUGCAUGUUCAAGAAGUGGUCAGAGGGUUCUUCAUGUUGAUUCAAGAAGCUACUAUGGAGGAAACUGGGCCAGUUUUAGUUUUUCAGGUCUGCUCUCCUGGAUAAAGGAACACCAGGAAAAUAGUGACAUUGGAAAUGAAAGUCUAGCAUGGAAAGUGCAGGUUCUUGAAAAUGAAGACACUAUUGCUCUCAGCAGGAAGGACAAAACCAUUCAACAUGUGGAAGUAUUUUGUUAUGCCAGUGAGGAUUUUCAUGAAGAUGUUGUAGAAGCUGGUGCAUUGCAGAAAAAUCACACUUCUGUGAUAUCAGCAACUUCCACAGAAUCUGCAGAUUCUGGCUGCAUGCCUAAAGAUGAUGAGUCAUUAAGUGCUGAAAGCCAUGAAAAGUCCAUAGAACCAACAGUAAUCCUUGAUCCAGAGAGCAUUCUCACAGAAAAUGAUGUUCAAGGUCCAGAGGAGAAAACUCACUGUGAUGAUAUAACUUGUGUUUCAUCAACUUCAGAAGAGGAUACAAGCCACAGUAAGCAUGCAGCAGAAGAUGCCACUGAGCAACAAAAGAAAAACAGAAUUACUUAUUCACAAAUUAUUAAAGAAGGCAGGAGAUUUAAUAUUGAUUUGGUAUCUAAGGUGUUGUAUUCUCGAGGUUUGGUAAUUGAUCUUCUCAUCAAGUCUAAUGUUAGUCGAUAUGCAGAGUUCAAAAAUAUCACCAGGAUACUUACAUUUCGGCAAGGAAGAGUGGAGCAGGUUCCUUGCUCCAGAGCAGAUGUUUUUAACAACAAACAAAUUUCUAUGUUAGAAAAACGAAUGUUAAUGAAGUUUCUUACAUUUUGUAUGGAGUAUGAGGAACAUCCUGCUGAAUAUCAAGCCUAUGAGCAGAUUGCAUUUUCUGAAUAUUUAAAAACUAAAAACUUAACCCCUAAUCUUCAAUAUUUUGUCCUGCAUUCCAUUGCAAUGGCAUCAGAAACAGACAUUAGUACAAUAGAUGGUCUCAAAGCGAUCAAAAACUUUCUUCACUGUCUUGGACGUUAUGGCAACACUCCAUUUUUGUUUCCUUUAUAUGGCCAAGGAGAAAUCCCUCAGUGUUUCUGCAGGAUGUGUGCUGUCUUUGGUGGAAUUUAUUGUCUUCGCCAUUCUGUUCAUUACCUUGUUCUGGACAAAGAAUCUAGAAAAUGUAAAGCCAUCAUAGAUCAGUAUGGUCAGAGAAUAAUUGCUAAGCAUUUCCUUGUGGAAGACAGUUACUUUUCUGAGAAAACUUGCUCACAUAUACAAUACAGACAGAUCUCCAGGGCAAUCCUAAUUACAGAUAGAUCUGUACUUAAAGCAGAUUCUGAUCAACAUAUUUCUGUUUUGACAGUACCAGCAGAGGAACCUCGAACUUCCGCUGUUCGGAUCAUUGAGUUGUGUUCUUCAACAAUGACAUGCAUGAAUGGCACUUAUUUAGUUCAUUUGACCUGUGUGUCUUCAAAAACAGCAAGGGAGGAUUUAGAACCAAUUGUUCAAAAGUUGUUUGUUCCCUAUGCUGAAGUGGAAACAGAAAAUAAAGAAGUGGAAAAUCCAAGACUUUUAUGGGCUAUUUACUUCAACAUGAGAGAUUCUUCAAAUGUCAGCAGAGACUCCUAUAAUGAUUUACCACCCAAUGUUUAUGUCUGUUCUGGGCCAGACUGUGGUUUAGGAAAUGAUCUUGCAGUCAAGCAGGCUGAAACACUUUUCCAGCAAAUCUGCCCUAAUGAAGACUUUUGCCCACCCCCACCAAAUCCUGAAGAUAUUAUCCUAGAUGGAGAUGGUUUGCAGCCAGAAGCUUCAGAAGUCAUACCAGUCACCAACUCAGUGACUCCCAAAGAAAAUUUUAAACAACAUUUUAAGAACACAGAAUACUUGUAAAUGACAUAGACUUGCCUGCUUCAAGAUAGUUUAGCAUAUAAUUAUAGAUGGAUUGAUUCUCAGCAAUAAAACCUUGGAUAAGAAAAUGAUACUGUGCACUAAUAUUUCUGUAGAUUUAAAACUUUUUCUUGCCAUUUCGUUUCUUUAUUUGAGUCAUAUCUUUGCAAUUGGCUUACAUAUUUUCUUUGAUUCUUUGAAUUAUAUUUCAUUUAUAUGUAUGAGCAUCAUAUAAAGAUUACUAAAAAUAAGUAUAAGUGAACAAACCAAAGUAUCACUAUCCAGGCAGUAGACUUUCUUUAUAAUAUUUUUGUUUUCUUUUCAGCAGUGUUGUAAAUUAUUCUAAUCAAAUGUUUUGACAUUUUAAAAGCAAAUUGUGAAUUCAUUGCCUAGUAUUUUUAGUGAUAGUGACAUUUCUAUUCGGAUAAUUUAUACACUAGGAAAGCUUAAUAAUGAAAAAAAUGAAAGAUUGGAUGGAGAGAUUUGGAUAAGUUAACAAGCAUUUGGAAAUUCUGUAAUGUUAAAUAACUGGAUCUCUAUCCUGUUAAUGGAUUAAUUUAGACCUGGCUAUGCUAUUGGCAAUUUUAGACAAAUUGAUUAAUUUUGUUAUAUAAUUUAACCAUACAUGAUAUAGAAAUAGAAAUACUCUACCUACUUUAUGAGAAUGAUUUUGAAUAUAAAUACAUUGUCAUUGUUUAAAAGUUUUUCUAAAAGCUGUUCAGGAAUUAUUUAUUUUAGGGGUCAGAGUGAUAGUAUAGCAAGUAGGACAUUGACUUGCACCUGACCAACUCAGGUUCUAUCCUCAGCAUCCCCUAUGGUCCACCAAACAUCAAGAGGUGUGAUCCCUGAAUGUAGUCAGGGGUAAGACUGAGCACAGUCAAGUAUGAUCCCUGACUGACAAAAAUGAUUCCAUUGUGAGUUGAGAGUCAUAGUUCAGUGGAUGAAGCAUUUGUCUUAUACACAACUGAACCAAGUGUGAUCCCUAGCAUCCAUACAGUCCUCCAGGAAUUAUUAUUAUCUCCAGUAAUAAUUCCUGAGUGCAAAUCCUCCUGGAUUUGGUGCCCUGAGCACCACGUGGUAUCUCCCCAAAACAAAAACAAAAUCAGAAAAAUUAUCUCAUUGAUCUAGGGUGUAUAUUAAAAAAUAGCUUGCCGCAAAUAAAUUGUUUGCCACAAUACCCCAAACUAAAUAAAUCACUUGUUGCAUUAAGCAAUGUGUAGUUGGUACAAACCCAGCAUUGUUCGGGAGCUACUCCUGACUGCUUAGCAGUCACUUGUGGCAAUCCAUAUGCCAUGCUGAGGAUUGAACUAAGGUUGUCUAUACACAAGGCCUUAAUACCUUUACUAUCUCUCUGACCCUGCAUCAUGUUGUUAAGCUAAAAGCAUAUUUCCUAAAUUAGAGUUUUAUGUUCAUAUAGAUGAGUAAACACUGUAACAUAGAACACUUUAAUCUUAAGGAAAACUACAAAUUCUUUUGUGGUUUUUUUUCUGGUAGGUAAAUGUGAGACUUCCAAGAAAUCUUAAUAGAAUAUGACAAUAAAUAAACUGUUAUUUAAGGACUUCCAAAAUUACAUAUAUAGAUGUAAUAUAUAUACACAUAUGGCUUUACAUAGACAUUAUAUCUAGUUCCUGGCACAGUGUCUGUUAUUUUUCCCAAAUGCUAGCCUCUGAAAUGUUCUUUUGUUUUGGGGGGAGCACAACCAAAGGCUCUCAGGGGUUAUUCCUGGCUCUGCUCAGAAAUCAUUCCUGGUAGGUUUGGGGAACCAUAUGGAAUGCCAAGGAUUGAACUUGGGUCAGCUGAUUUAUUGCAAAGCAAAUCCCUAUCCACUGUGCUAUCAUUUCAGCCCCCAAAGCAUAGUUCUUACUCAAAUAUUUUUACUGCAGUUGGACUUUGAUGUUAAAAUUAGAUGACUGUUAAAAGUUUAUGGAAAAAAUAAAUAAAUAAAAUAAAUAAAAGUUCAUGGGAAGUGGAAAGCACCAAGAAUUUUUUUGUCCUUUCACAUUUACAGUUUUUUAAAGAUAAAUUAGAAGCCACACCAAAGAAAAUCAUGUCAGAUACUUGGACCACUCUUACCUAAACUAUUUUACAGUUUCUCCUGUAUCCCUCUAAUCCUCAUUUGCUUUCCCUUUUAUAAUGUUAUACAAAUCAGGAAAUAUAGAAUUUUAUUAUGAUCUACUGUGUUAUUUGGAUGCAGAUUUGAAAUAAAACCAUAUAUCUUAAUACCCAAUUUGGGCUUAUACAUACCGAAUAAGUACCAGAGACACCAAGGAUUGACUCCCUUUCUCAACACAACAAUUAAAACAGACUUCACCAUAUCAGUUUGACUCUGACUGUAAUUGUAUGUUGUCCAACUAAGAUACUGUAUUUGAUAUAGACGUAGAGUUGCAGUCUCCUGAAUGUAGCAUUCACAUUUACAUAACUGCCAAUGAAAAUAGUCUCAAAAAUAACAAAAAAUCUUAACCUUAUUGCAGUUAUAUUUAUAACAUAAUAUCAACCUAUAAUAUCGAACAGAGUUGGAGAUAUCCAGUAGUAUCAUAGCUGACCCCAUAUUCUACCCUUUUUUAUCCAUUGGGCCCCAUAAGAUUUUCUCUUCUAAGUUAUGUAUUAAAUACUGCCAAAAUGUUUAAAAUUUCCUACAUAUGAUUAUUGAUAACUAAAAUAUGAUACACCUUGUUAACUUGUGUUUAAGAAAUCUAGAUUAUUUCCUGUUAUCUUAGAAUAUAAUACAAGUUUUUCUAAAACUUUAGCUAGCUUACUUAUUACAAACAAGUUAUUUUUCAAAGUUAUAUGUCAAAAAAUUACAAUUUACUUUUGUUGUAAAACUAAGCCCGAAGUUAUAUACUUGAACAAAAUGACGAUUAAAAAGUAUUCAGGGGAGUGAGCAUAUUGGGACACAGCCACAGUGAUAAAAGUUCUUAUAUCUGCUCUGUGUUUAGAACUGACGCCAGCCAUGCUUGGGAGACCAAAUGUGAUGCCAGGCAACAAACUUGAGUAGGCUGGUUGUAAGGCAGAUACCUUAUUUCCUAUAUUGUCCCUCACAUUUAAAUUUUGAAUAUUGCUGUUAUCAAAGAAUUUUUGUUUAUAUUUAAAAUAUUUAGUUAUGCAUGGUUCUUAUGAACCAAAUGUUACAAUAUUGCUCAGUUUAGUAAUCACUAUGAAAACUCAUACUAACCCCCACCACCACUGUGUUGUUUCUCAUUGAUGUGGCUUCCAAAAAACAUAUCUACAGGUAUAUUAUAAAUUUAUACUUUUCCUAGGAAGAUUAAACUACAAUUUUCUUCAGAUCAUGAUACUUAAAAAGUCUAUCUAAAAGAAUGGCCAUGUUAAUCUGUUGUAACCACUAUCAAGAAGAUAGUCCUUUAUCAAAACCCUAAUGAUCCCCAAAAUAUUUUUUGGAAAUUCAAUUGCUACAUAGAAGUGAUACUUAAACACUGGAAUUAAACAGUUUUCUUAGAAAUAAGUUAUUUAAUGUAGUUGUUAUUGAUUAAUUAUUCUCAGUAGGUUAAUUUUGUUAGAUCUAAAAAAGCAUGAAACAACUAUAUAAUUUGUAUACUGUAACAGCAAUUUUUAGAUGAUACAAAUUUGACUAAUGAAAUAAAGUCCUUUCGUAACUUUCACAUAUUGUAUCCUAUUAAAAUGUUAAAAUUUGCUUAUAUGCAAAGAAUUAAAAGAUUGUCUUGAAA